AUGGAGUUUCUUGAAAGAACGUAUCUUGUGAAUGACAAAGCCACCAAGAUGUACGCCUUCACACUAGACAGUGUGGAACUCCAGCAGAAACCCUUGAAUAAAGAUCAAUGUCCUGGAGAGAAGCCAGAGGAGCCGGAGUUGGGAGCCAUCUAUCACUGCCACAGCAACUCCAAGGCCACAGAGAACAGGGCAGACGAGCACGUCUACGCCAAGUGGAAACUCUGCGCUGCUUCGGGAAUAUGCUUUGUUUUCAUGAUUGCGGAGGUUGUGGGUGGGCACAUUGCUGGGAGUCUUGCUGUCAUCACAGACGCUGCCCACCUCUUAAUUGAUCUGACCAGUUUCCUGCUAAGUCUCUUCUCCUUGUGGUUGUCAUCGAAGCCCCCCUCCAAGCGGCUAACAUUUGGAUGGCAUCGAGCAGAGAUCCUUGGUGCCCUGCUGUCCAUCCUAUGCAUCUGGGUGGUGACUGGUGUGUUGGUGUACCUGGCAUUUGAGCGCCUGCUGUACCCCAAUUACCAGAUCCAGGCCACUAUGAUGAUCAUCGUGUCAGGUUGUGCAGUGGCAGCCAACAUUAUGCUAAGUGUAAUUUUGCACCAGAGACACCCUGGCCACAAUCACCAGGGACUGCAAGCUAAUGCCAGUGUCAGAGCGGCUUUUGUGCAUGCCCUUGGAGAUCUAUUUCAGAGCAUCAGUGUGCUAACCAGUGCACUUAUUAUCUACUUUAAGCCAGACUAUAAAAUGGCUGACCCAAUCUGCACGUUUGUCUUUUCCAUCCUGGUUUUGGCCAGCACCAUCACUGUCUUAAAGGACUUCUCCGUCUUACUCAUGGAAGGUGUGCCAAAGAACCUGAAUUACGACAGUGUGAAAGAGCUCAUCUUAGCAGUGGAUGGGGUGGUGUCUGUGCACAGCUUGCACAUUUGGUCUCUAACAAUGAACCAAGUGAUUCUCUCGGCUCAUGUUGCUGCAGCAGCCAGCCAGGACAGCCAGGUCGUUCGGAGGGAGAUUGCUAAAGUCCUCAGCAAUAGCUUUAUUGUGCACUCACUCACCAUUCAGAUGGAAUCUCCAGCCGACCAGGACCCUGACUGCCUUUUCUGUGAAGACCCCCGGGAUUAG